AUGUUGCUGCUCUCUUUCUUCCUCUCCUUUUUCCUCCUGCCGUCGGCCGUGUUUGCAGCCUUCGGCUGGUCUGACAGCGGCAGCGAGUAUGUGAUCGACUCUGGUGCCGAUCUCGUUAUCAAGGUCACCAAGUGCUGCGGUGACAUUUCUUCGCUCAAGUUCAAGGGUGUUGAGUACAACGGCUGGGGCGGCAAGAACACCCACGUCGAAUCUGGCUUGGGCGCUAGCACCGUCAGCAUCGCUAGUUACUCAAACGUCAUCAAGGUCUCUGUUGUUCACGGCACUUUGAAGCACUGGAUCUUUGUCCGAUAUGGCAACAACAAUGUUUACUUGUUCACAAACAAAAAGGACAACUCGAUCUCUGCCAUGCGCUACAUCGUUAGAAUCAAGGGUGGAAUCUUCUCUCACGGUUCUACCGAGAGUGAUUUUUAUGAUGGCGGCAGCAGCAUUAUCGAGGCUCAGGACAUUAACGUAAACAGUGCCGGCUUGACCAAGAGCAAGCACUACCAAGGCUCCAACUACGGCAGGACUAUUGACUAUGACUACGUUGGCCGCAAGAAGAGCGGUGUCGGUCUGUUUAUGAUCCGAAGCAACCACGAGAAGGCCUCUGGCGGCCCCUUCUUCCGCUCCCUUGUUCGCCGUGCCGACCCCACGGGAGAGGACUUGUACGACAUCUACUACUACAACAUGGGCCACACCGACCCCAUGCGCACCGGCCUUCAGGGUCCCUCCGUUCUUUCUUUCACCAAUGGCGAGGACCCUAACAGCAACCUGUUCGCCCGCAAGGCCGACUGGUCCUGGUUCGAUGACAAGGGCCUCGACGGCUGGGUUCCCGCUUCUGGUCGUGGAUACGCCAGCGGUGUCGGUCUGAAGAACAUGAAGAGCGGCAAGACCUACGUUGUCGGCCUCAGCAACGCCAACGCUCAGUACUGGGCAACCGCAGGUGCCAACGGAGCCUGGUCUAUUACCAAGAUCAUCCCCGGCACUUAUACAGUGACCGUCUACAAGGACGAGCUUGAGGUUGCCACCUCCUCCGUCACCAUCACCGCCGGCAAGGGCUCCGCCGUGAACACGCUCACCUGUGUUGACCCCCAAGAUGAUGCCACCAUCUGGCGCAUUGGAGAGUGGGACGGAACUCCCCGUGGCUUCCUCAACUUCGAGGAUACACCAAUGAAACUGACCUACAUGCACCCCUCCGACAAGCGCAUUGCGACCUGGAACGCGGGCAACUUCAUUGUCGGAACGCACUCCGCCAACCGCUUCCCCGGUUACAUGUGGAAGGAGGUCAACAGUGGCUACCUCAUCUACUUCAAGCUUAAUGCCGAGCAGCUCAAGUCCGGCCAUACCGUUCGUAUUGGUCUCACUGAGGCUUACAUUGGUGGCCGUCCUUCUAUCAAGGUCAACCAGUGGUCCUCUGCCUUGCCUGCCGCUACUAAGCAGGCCAGCACCCGCUCGCUCACUGUUGGCACAUACCGUGGAAACAAUGUGAAGCUCACAUAUGCUGUUCCUCAGUCCGCUUGGAUUCAAAGCACAAGCGAGUACCAAAUCCUCACCAUCAACAUCAUUUCCGGCAGCUCUGGAGUCAAGUUCCUCAGCCCUGGUGUCAGUUUUGAUGCUAUUGAGCUUCUUCCUUAA